AUGCCAGCUUCCCCCGCCACCGGCGUCUCCCUCCGACAGAUGGUUCAAUUCGGAGACAGACCUUCAACCGGAACUCUCUUUCGUGCUUCACAGUUCCUCUCUGAGGAACUCCCCAUCCGCUUGGCGCAUCGCGUUCAGGACCUCGGUGAGCUUCCCGACGGGCUCAGUGAGAUGCCCUCUAUCAAAAAGGUCCAGGACUGGUACGCGCAAUCAUUCGAGGAAAUCAUCACUCUGCCUCGACCAACUCUCACCCAAGAAGUGAAAGCCCGCUUGUUGCGCCCAGGGAGGGCCAACGGUGGGGCAUCCAAAAUUCUCUCGGAAACCACCCAAAACCCCAGUAUCAAGGAAGGUCAGUAUCGGUCUUCGCCCAACUCGACGUCUCACCACAAUGGGAACGGGAAAGCCGCGGCUGCGGCUGCGCGGAGAUACUUCGUCCCGUCAGAUGAUCAUGGUGACUGGCCUCCGGAAUUGAACGAUUACAACGAACGCUUCGCAAAAACCCUCGGACAUAUCAAACGAAGACACGAUAGCGUUGUGACUACCGUGGCGCAGGGUAUUCUCGAAUGGAAACGGAAACGGCAACGGUUGCAGAUCGACUCCACUGUGCAGUCGUUUCUUGAUCGGUUCUACAUGUCUCGGAUUGGUAUACGAAUGUUAAUUGGACAACACAUCGCGUUAACGGAACAAACCCAUGUCCGUCACCCCAACUAUGUCGGAAUCAUCUGUACCAAAACGAAUGUUCGGGAGGUGGCCCUGGAGGCCAUCGAGAACGCGCGUUUCGUGUGUGAGGAUUACUACGGUCUCUUCGAAGCCCCCAAGGUCCAGCUCGUCUGCAAGGAAGAUCUGAACUUCAUGUACGUUCCGGGCCACCUGUCUCACAUGCUGUUCGAAACCUUGAAGAACUCGCUGCGUGCGGUGGUUGAGACGCACGGCGCCGACAAGGAUGCCUUCCCCGUCACCAAGGUUAUAAUUGCCGAAGGCAAAGAAGACAUCACGAUCAAAGUCUCGGACGAAGGUGGAGGAAUCCCUCGUUCGGCUAUCCCCCUGGUCUGGACGUACAUGUACACCACGGUGGAGCAAACGCCCAAUCUGGACCCGGACUUUGACAAAAGCGACUUCAAGGCGCCCAUGGCUGGCUUUGGCUACGGAUUGCCUAUCAGUCGCUUGUACGCUCGAUACUUCGGUGGGGACUUGAAAUUAAUCAGUAUGGAGGGAUAUGGCACCGAUGUUUACCUCCAUCUGAACCGUCUUUCCUCGAGCUCGGAACCUCUGCAAUGA